UCGUCGCAGCUCCGGCGGGCGGGCGCUGUUCUCGCUCAGUAGGAGCAGGUCCUCGGCCGGCAUCGCUCAGCGGGCAGCAGCCGCAGGAGGAGGUGCUCCGGAGGAGGAGGAGGAGGAGGAGGAUGCUGUCCCGACUGCGCAUGGCCGCGGCGCCCUGCGCGAUGGCGCGGCGCAGCCUGCACACCAAGGAGAAGGGCAAGCCGCUCAUGCUCAACCCGCGCACCAACAAGGGCAUGGCCUUCACCCUGCACGAGCGGCAGAUGCUGGGCCUGCAGGGACUCCUGCCUCCCAAGAUAGAGACACAGGACAUCCAGGCCUUGCGCUUCCACAAGAACCUGGCAAAAAUGACUGACCCCCUGGAGAAGUACAUCUACAUCAUGGGCAUCCAGGAGAGGAACGAGAAGCUCUUCUACAGGGUGCUGCAGGACGACAUCGAGCGGCUGAUGCCCAUCGUGUACACGCCCACCGUGGGGCUGGCCUGCUCCCAGUACGGACACAUCUUCAGGAGACCAAAGGGAUUAUUUAUUUCCAUCUCAGACAGAGGCCACAUAAGGUCAAUCGUGAACAACUGGCCAGAGAACGACGUGAAGGCUGUUGUGGUCACUGAUGGAGAAAGAAUAUUGGGUCUUGGAGACCUGGGGGUGUACGGGAUGGGGAUUCCAGUGGGAAAGCUGUGUUUGUACACAGCCUGUGCAGGGAUACACCCAGAUAAAUGCCUGCCUGUGUGCAUCGACGUUGGGACUGAUAACACAACCCUGCUGAAGGAUCCCUUCUACAUGGGGCUCUACCAGAAGAGGGACCGCUCGCAGGUCUACGACGACCUGAUCGACGAGUUCAUGGAGGCCAUCACGGACAGGUAUGGCCAGAACACGCUCAUCCAGUUUGAGGACUUUGGAAACCACAAUGCUUUCCGGUUCCUGAGGAAGUACAGGGAGAAGUACUGCACCUUCAACGACGACAUCCAAGGGACAGCCUCAGUGGCCUUGGCAGGACUGCUGGCAGCCCAGAGAGCCACUGGGAAACCACUCACAGACCAGAAAGUGCUGUUCCUUGGAGCAGGAGAGGCCGCCCUGGGAAUCGCCAACCUCAUUGUGAUGGCCAUGAUGGAAAGGGGUGUUUCCCACGAGGAGGCCUCCAGGAGAGUGUGGAUGUUUGACAAGCAUGGCCUGCUGGUGCAGGGCCGGGAGCAGAAGGCGGAUCCCCACCAGGAGCCGUUUGCCCACAGGGCUCCAAAGGACAUAGCCAUACCAAAGACAUUUGUAGAGGCAGUGAAUGUACUUCGGCCUUCAGCUAUCAUCGGCGUGGCUGGGGCAGGGCGUCUCUUCACCCCGGACGUGCUCAAAGCCAUGGCUUCCAUCAACGAGCGGCCCAUCGUAUUUGCCCUGAGCAACCCCACGGCCAAGGCCGAGUGCACGGCAGAGGAGGCCUACACGCUGACAGAGGGCCGGUGCCUGUUUGCCAGCGGCAGCCCCUUCGAGCUGGUCACUCUGAGGGAUGGGAGGACCUUCAAACCGGGCCAAGGAAACAACGCUUACAUCUUCCCAGGCGUGGCUCUGGCUGUGAUCCUCAGCAGCGUCAGGCACAUCAGUGAUAAGGUUUUCCUGGAGGCUGCCAAGGCAUUGGCAGAGCAGUUGACAGAUGAAGAGCUUGCACAAGGAAGACUUUAUCCUCCACUGUCCAAUAUCAGGGAAGUUUCUAUUUAUAUUGCUGUCAAGGUGAUGGAGUUCCUGUACGCCAACAACAUGGCCUUCCACUACCCCGAGCCGGCCGACAAGAACCGCUACAUCCGCUCCAAGGUGUGGAGCUACGAGUACGAGUCCUUCAUGCCGGACGUGUACGACUGGCCCGAGUCCAAGGUGCACUGACCAGCCCCGCGCCGCGCCUCAGGCCGCGCCGCCACUCUGCAGGGAUCCCCUCCCUCCCUCCCUCCUCAGACCAACUCCAAUCAUGAGCUUUCACUCCUCUAAUUUAUUUGUGCUCGUUUCGUUGCCUUUUUUUUUUGUUUUCCCCCCGUUACGCCCUGUUUUUCACCUGAUUUCUCCCAAGUACCUGGUAAACUGUACGGAAAACGGCAUCUGCCACAGGGAUGAGAGAGCCCUCCAAAAUUAAUUUAAACAAUAACAUUGUAUUUCUAGCUUAGAGCCAGCACCACACCGAAAAAUUCCAUUAAUGAUAUUUUAGCUACAUGCAUUUGAUGAUAAACUGUAGCUCUCUCAUCACUGCUGAUAUCCAGAAUUACUUAUUUCUGCCUUUAAUAAUCAGUCUUCUAAUUGUCCUAGUCUUGUCACACUGCAUUAGCUGUGACAUCAAGGGAGACCACUUGUCCUAGAAAAAACAAAAGGGCAGUUAAAGACAACUUAGAGAGUCUGAUUGUGUUUUGUUUAGUGUUUAAAGAUGCCCAUGUCCAGACAUCCUUGUGGCAUUGGCUGCUGUUUCCUUGAGGAGCAGCGAGAUGUACAUGUGUGGCGUCUGCAGCAAAGUUUGCAGCUUUGUUUUCAUCACUCCAUGAAAUCUGUUCUCAGGAAAAAUGUGAGCUAGUUCAAAUUGUCCUUGGGAAGUCCUGAAAAUAAUACUGAUCACUUAAUAGCUUUUAAAAACAAAGCCGUGCUGUCACAGAUUAAAUUUUAUUGGGUAGAGGUAGGACCUGAAGUAAUUUAUGGAAAUCUUUUUAAAGAUUUUACUAGGAGAUUUUAAGCAAUGGACUGCAAAAUGGUUUACCAAAGGAUCUUUACUGAAUUUUUUAAUUUUUUCAAGUUUCUGUUUUAUUUAAGCCGGGUUGUUUUCUCCCUCGUUCUCACAACAAGACUCGUGUGUGAUGCUUUAUGACGCUGCUGACUCGAAAGCUCCAAAGCGGACCCAGCUGGAGGCAGCACUCGGCAGGCAGGGCUGGUUCCAGGUGCUGGCAGGGCUGGAGCAGGAAUGCUGCUCACACCAGUGAGUCUGCUGGAUGUUCCCUGAGCCUCGGUCCCGCCUGCUCUGUCACUGUGAGUCCUGGCCCCAAGAGCUGCAGUGCUACAAGCCCUGCACUGAUCCCUCCGGCUUUCUGCCCUUACAGGCGCGGUUUGUCAGGGUCCUCGUGUGACAGCAGAAGGUCCCAGCUGAGUUUUUCCUUGCCAGGGUAGUGCUGCAGGUUUGCUGCUGAUGCCGCAGUGUACACUCACCGAUUCCCCUGGAGCGGGGCCGCAGGGCCCUGGUCACUGCACGGGGACAGGCAGGGACAGGCAGGGGUGGCCACAGCCUGUGGCUGCCCCAUUGUGCUCCCUGCCCCGAGAGCAGGCACCUGCCAGGAGCAGAAACAGAGAUACCAGGCUGCUCCAGUUUGCUGCAGCAAGGCAGGAGAGGGGCAGGAGUAAAUAAACACAUGGGUGUGCCAGCAGUGCUGCACUGGCAGACGCCAUCCAAAGAGAGAAAGCAGAGCUUGCUCAGGAUUUACCCAUGGCCAGCACUGCUCCUGUGUCCUCAGCUACACAGGAAAAUGCGGUCUCCACAGAACAGGCCAGAACAGAGCAGGGAAAAUGGUCUCAGCACCCCCUCAGGCACCUACAGCCUGAUCUCCGGCUCCAAAAUUGUAUUCACACAAAGAACAGUAAACUUUGGGAAGGUGCUGCCUGCGUGGGCAAAGAGGACUGAUUAUAUAAACACAGAAAAGAGUGAUGUGGGGAAAAAACUGUGGUGUUCAAGCUGUGGUAAAGUGUUGUGUGGUGGGGCUGGAAGUGCUUCACUGCUGAGUGCUGAGAUGCACAUGGGCAGGAGCUUGCACUUGCAAGUGAAUGUACAAAAGACACCAACACACACACACACAUAGGAUGUUUUUACAAAGAGUGCUUUUUUCAUCUAUUUUUGCUAUGCCUUGUUUGUAUCGUAUUUAAAUUAGUGAUCUUACUGAGAAAGAAAUUAUUUAUUCAAUGUAUGAAUUGUUUUUGCCUUCUGAAAAUCCAGCUCUAUCUGAAGCCUGUUGUACUGUGCCAGUGGAGUUCUGCACCACUGGAUUCCGGAGUGCUGGGAACACACAGCUUCCUCCCUCCUGCCAGCAGCCAGUUAGGCACAUGAGUGACAAAAACACACAAAAUGCACCGAUCCCACGUCCCUUCAGGCUGAUGGCUUGUUCCCAAGGGUUGCAGCUGUGGCUCAGGAGGAGCUGUGGCUUGGGGAGGCUGCAGGGCCCUGCUUUGGGCAGGAGCGGUCCCGUUCUCAGAGGGAUGGAGAUGCCAUUCCCAGAGGGAGGGAGAUGCCAUUCUCAGAGAGACCUCCUGCUCCCAGAGGGAUGGAGAUCCCGUUCCCGUGUGCCGGGCCCUGAGCAUCCCCUGCAGCUUGCACUGUGGACAUGGUGGGGUUUCCCUUCGAUGCGCAGCCUUUGUUUCCUGUUGGCAGCAGGUAACCUGUCAGCUCACAGAGUUUUAAGUCCAUUUCACUCUCUCUUUCAUCUUCUCCAGAAUUAAUUUUUUUUCAUACAUAGGAUUUUAAGAUACAUAGAUUCAUGUUCAGUUUUCUUUCAGGUACAAUUAAUCCUUGAACUAAUUGCAACUGCUAAUCUUGCUGGCUAGUAAGGAACCAGUUUCCUUUUUUCAUAUUCUACUUAACACGAUUUUUUCUGUUUGCUGGUUUAUUCAAAAUAUUUACUGGUCUUUAUCUGUACAGAAAAUUUUCUUAGACAGUAUGCAAAGGGAAACAGGUGUCACCAGGAUGCAUUUUGUCAUGUUACAUAGUGUAAGUUAAAAAAAUGUCACCUAAAGGACCACCAGUGUUGUGGCUUGUCACGCAGCCCCCGUGACUUGCCCUCCAAAUGAUUUUGUAAAGGACUGUCUUCCAUGUCUCCUUGGGCUAUGCAGAACCCUUCUGAGAGGAUCAGGAGCUUGGCUCAGGCCAGUCUUCCAGGAUUUGUCCAAUCCUUGCUUCCUUAAAAUCAGCAGGACUGGGCCUCUUGGCAGCAAACCUGUAGGAGUGUUUAGGGGUGAGUAAAGGUGUCUGAUGAAGCACAGCCUUUCUUUAUAAAAUACCUGUGGGUUUGUCCAAAGCUGUUGCAAAGGUUUGUGUGUUCCUGAAGCCUCUGCCCAGCUGCCAACGUGACAUGUAGAAGGAGACGAUUAAAAUGUUGUGUCUGAUACAUUUUAAACCCCCAGUGCGAGUUCUCGGUUACAUUUGUGGACAGUGAUGCAUCCUGAUCUGUUGUGUUUGUUUUCCAAGCUUCAAACCAAGUGACACUUUUUUACCUGCAGAGUGGUGUGUAACAGGUUUCCUGUGGUCGGUGCGUGUCUUCCUCUUGUACUGUUGUUUCCAGCACGCUGUUUUACGGGGAUAAAGUAACUCUGUCACACUCCUCUGGUAGUACCUGCCAAGAUGAACGACACACCUUUUAGUUUCUCGUUAGCAGCCCUCCCCUGCGUGGUGACUGUUCCUGUGGGAGAGUGGGGAUCACUAUUGUACAGCUCCCACCCAGGUUUCAGUUCAGCUGACUCCGGCCCCGGCGGUGCCGGCUGGUUUUGUUUGGCUGCGGAGGGGCACAGCUGAGCCCCUCUGCCACCCCCCAGAGCAGCGUGAGAGCAGCCGGGGCUGCAGUCUCACUGGAUAAGCACUGUCAUUUCUGGGUAAGCCGCUGCGGUUUCUGCUCUCGGGCGAUCCGAGGGCUGCCCCGUCGCGGCACAGCCAGGGGCGGCGGGCAGGGACCGGUGCUACACGGCAGGAGGAGAUGCAGAGCAAAGCUCUGCUGCGCUGGCCGGGCAGCUGGGUUUGGGCCCAGCCGCUCAGCUGCCACUGCUGAAGGCGCAUCUGGCUCGCUGUGUGUGGGCCUGCCUGCCCUGCCUGCUCCCUGGGACGAUCCAGCGCGGCUCCGAGCGCUGCCCCGUGCCUCUGGCUCUCCGUGGGGAUGGCAGCACUCACCCGGGCCCCACGGCUGCUGGAGGAGCAGCUUCUGUCACCGUGUCCUGCUGGCUGCUGGUGCUCCCAGACUGAGCUCAGCUCUCCGCCUGCCAUCGGCUUCGGCUCAUCCAUUCUUCAGCCAGAUCCUUCCUAACGGGAAUAAAUAUACUCUUAGGACUACUAAAGAUGGCUGCCUUGUCAACAAAGCGAAAUAACCUGCAUUUACUGCUAUCUGAAACAUAUCUACCUUAUGGAAAUCAAUGUGAGCCUGCUGGGGCGCCUGUGAGAACAGUUCCAGCCUGGUCUGUGCGGGGUUGGCUGUGCCUGGGAGGGUCAUUGCUCAGCUGAAACUAAAACUGUAUGUAAAAUGUGAAGUGGUUGGGGUUUCUUCCUACUUUAUAACGUUGUAACUCUAUUGAAAUGUGUGUUCUAGUCUUCUAUUUUCUUAGUAAAAUGCAUUCCCUUUGCCUAA